AUGGCAUCGCGAAAGACGGUGAAUCGUCGCCAGCGACCUCAACGGGCCACGUCGAACGUUUUCGCCAUGUUCGAUCAGGCGCAGAUUCAGGAGUUCAAGGAGGCGUUUAACAUGAUUGACCAGAAUAGAGACGGUUUCAUUGAUCAGGCUGACCUCCAGGAAAUGUUUGCGUCUCUGGGCAAGGAUGUAAAUGAGCAGUUUCUUGACGCAAUGAUAAAUGAGGCGCCUGGCGCUAUCAAUUUUACCAUGUUCUUGACUCUUUUUGGAGAAAAGUUGACCGGUACUGAUCCAGAAGAAGUCAUUCGCAACGCUUUCCAGUGUUUUGACGAGGAUAAUUCGGGUAAAUUAAGCGAGGAUCGACUUCGUGAACUUCUCACCACAAUGGGUGAUAGGUACACCCACGAACAGGUCGAUGAGUUAUUCCGUGAUGCUCCCAUCAAGAAUGGAUACUUUGAUUACGUGGAGUUUACACGUAUGUUGAAACAUGGUACCAAAGACAAAGAUGAGCAGUGA